AUGGAGGCUCGUUAUGGCAACUGCACUGCGGCCAACUGCGAGCGCUUCGCGAACUGGAGUGUCUUCACGACUGACUGCUCGAUGUCUCGCACGCCUGGCUUCUCCGCAGAGCCUAAAUCUCGCCGCCCUCCCUCGCGCAUACACGAAAACAAUAUUAAUGGCGCUUCCGGCUCUGCGUCGGCCAUCAGGCCUCUCCAGCUCAACCGCACCCCAUCCCGCCCAACCACCCCGAGCCGCGAUUCCCCUCUCUCUACUUCGCCCAGACGUCCAUUGAGGUCCGGUCUCAGGGAUCGUGGGGAUCGUCAGGUGUCCGAAUACUCUGCGUCCGACCGCGCCUCGUUGGAGUCGCGCGGAACACGCGAGUCCAGGAACCCGUACGACGUAGAGACUGUACGCGAAGAGCCUUACUUGCCCCCUAGGCCCCGCAAUAACGGCGCAAUCUCGCUCGUCCCACCCAACUCGGCGAAUGGGCAAUAUAGAUACGGUGGGGCCCCUGCUAUGUCUCCGAUCUCACCUAUGUCGGAUACUUCGGAGCUGUCUCCUACGUCUCUCGCCGCCGUGGCUGCAUUUCAGAGCUUCGGUCGGAGGAGAAAAAUGUCAGAAGAUGACGUGGUGGAGGAAGAGUACGCAAAGCAGAGAAGACAAGAGAUGGAAGAUCAGAAAGCCCGCCAGCGAAAGCUGAGAGCUAAAACGCCGGGGUUGAAGGCCAGCGGCAAGGCAAGAGCAGGAGAUAUCGACGCUGUGCUCGAUGAUAUUAAGGACGAGUGGGGCAUCCUCAUCGACCAGGAUUUCAACCCCGUGGACCUUGCUCUGCAACUUCUGGACGAAUCUUCCCUAGGAAGAGAUGUGGACUCUUUCCUGCGGACAAAAAAUAUGCUGUCUAAAGCAUUGAAGGGAUCGGUCGAUAAGCAUUAUGAGGCGUUUGCUGGUGCUCUCCCGCAUCACACAGCUUUGGUCAACCAUCUCGAUGUCACGCAAACGCAAAUCGCAGAAGCUCGAACCGCUUUGCUAGAAGCAAAGGAUACGCUCGGGAAGAAACGUGCUGACCUCGUACAGCUGUGGUCAAGGAGCCAGACAGUGGAAGAAAUGAUGCGAAUACUCGAUCAGAUUGAACAUUUGAGAUCGGUUCCUGACCUCCUGGAAAGUCUGAUAUCCGAGAAGCGCCUACUGCAGGCAGCGGUCCUCCUUGUGCGGAGUAUGAAGCUGAUCAACAAGCAGGAUAUGCUUGAAAUCGGUGCCGUCUCUGAUCUGCGAAAUUACCUGAACACUCAGGAAGUGGCGCUAAGAGAGAUUCUAAUUGAUGAACUGCAUAGCCACUUGUAUCUCAAGUCCUUCUGGUGCGAGUCUCGAUGGGCAGUCUAUACCCCUGCUCAACAGACGUUCGCAAAGAUUGAAUUCGAAGAAGAGGGCUUCGUGUCGGAAGUCAAACAGCCUCCCUCAUUGACAUCAUCACCGAUCUCGCCAACGUCAUCGCGCUCCUCUCGGCUGCGUCGUUUUCUUGAUGACCUUGCACUGCGACCCAAUGACCCUCCAUUUGAUGUGGAUGAGCAGAGUUUCCACAACAGCACAUCCGGGAUGGGAAUGUCGGCGUCCGCAAGCACGUCAGCAUUGGGACUGUCUACUGGUCCGUCAUUGACUUCUUUGCCUACCGCUGGGCUUCCUACUGGAAUUGCGACCACCUUCGGAUCUGUUAUGACACAGCCGCCACCUUCUAGAAAUCCGGAGGCUGACUCAUUUGGGUAUAUCGAGACACUCCUCGAGUCGCUAGCUGUGCUUGGCAAGCUAGGCAAUAGUCUCGAUGUUGUGGCGCAGAAAUUACCGGGGGAAAUAUAUGCUCUGGUGGAUAUCACCAUAGCCGAAGUCGAAGACCGCGCAGAGGUCGGACGGAGAGGCUCUAUGUUAGUUGCUGCGUCAGGGCCGUCAAGAUUGGACAACAUGUUGCUGCUCACUGCUCCUGGGACGUCAACGGGUAGUAUGGGUCUUGGCUCUGGUAUUGCUGGUGUCUCGGUCGUACCUGCCGCGGCGCAUUCACUGACACAUGGGCGAAACGUACAUUUAAACGCUACGAGCUUACGACUGACAGCACUGGAGUCGUCUACGAAGUUUGGUGACCAGGAGACUCUGCGAGACUUCCUCUGGACAUUAUACUCCAAGCUUGAUGCUGUUGCACAGGGCUUACGAAUCGUGUAUGAAGUAGCGAACCGGAUAGGCUCAAGACGAGAUUUCAGGGAUUCUUCCGGUGCCAAACCUGGCUCCCUUUUCCCUCUCGCAGAAGUCUGGAUGCCAGUACAGGCCGAGGUUCGAACUCUUCUUACCGACUACGUGACAGACGAAGAGCAAAGUGCGGUGUCCGGACGGAAUCCAAUUUCAUCGAUCAACGAAGUCCUCCGCGAGGGUAAAUUCAGCCGAGACAGGUCGAAGCCUGUCUUCCGUUUCGCCGACACGGAUCCGAAGUUUGCGGCGAAUGUCCUGCGAGUGCACGAAGAUGAUCUGACCCGUGUGCUGAAAGACACCGUGCCGGGCCUCGUGCAAGGAUUGUCGGAGAAUGCUGUCCAAGCUACACUCUCGGCGGUGGGAACGGAUGACCGACUGCUGGGUACCGGUCAGCACCACAGAUUGCUUGUUCACCCAGAUGCUUUCCAUGUCACCCUUCUCUUCCAGCCUACGCUGGCAUUUUUGGACCGGAUAGCGGAUAUCCUGCCUGCUGGCCUGGAGGCUGCCCGGUCGUCGAGUGUAUUGCUUGAUGAUUUUGUACUGAAAGUAUAUCUACCUCAGCUGGAGGAUAAGGUUUCCUUGCUGUUCCACCAAACAGUGACUGAUCUAGAUGCCUUCGAGUCGGAUUCUGCAUCCACCCGAUUCUCACCACAACCCCUUACUAAAGCCAGCGUGCAGUUAAUGGCACUGAUCAACUCAUUGUGCGCCAUGCUCCGAACGACUCCCUUCCACCGAGAGAACUACUCUCGACUCAUCCUCACUGUCAUCGGCCAAUUCUACCAGCGCUGCAGCGACCGCUUCAGCGACCUGAUGGUGGUCCGGGACGACAGUACAUCUGGUAACGGCCUGCGCGUGGCACUGGCAGCGCAGUGGGCGCAGAGAGCGGAGCUCGGUCCAUGUCUGUCAGAGCUGUAUAAACACGUGCAGACUGACCAUGACACUAUGAAGAAGUACCAGCUCUGUCGGCAGGAGACGCAUCUUCAACAGAAUAUCCUCGGAGAACAGUCGGUAGGCAACGAGGAUCUGAUUCCGUCGGUGCGAAAUCUCUCCGCGCUUGCCAGUCUUUAUCGGAGUGUUACGUGGUUCACGGCCGAGUUGAACACCAUGAAGUCAGCGCCUGAGCACGCGCUGUCGCCGACAACUCCAUUGAACUUGAACCCCGCGAGCGCGAUCACGCCUUACACGCCAUACUUACCGGCCAUUGCGCCCGUGCAACCGAACGAACCGUUGAGCCUUCCCCUCUCGUCGGCAAUGGCUCUCCGCUUCCAAGCACUGAGCAUGACAUACGCCCAGCUCGCUGAACUUAUUCUGUACAGCAUCCGGAUCGAUAUCCGCUGUCGCGCCAUGCAUCAUCUUGAGCUCGCGCUCCGCCGUGGAAUAUACCGUGCAGAGCGCGAAGUUUCAGAGCCCGAUCCCUACAUUAUCGACCUGAAUGCAGAGCUGAGCAAGUGUGACGACUGUAUUUCGUCGACACUUCCCGAGACAGAGCGACGAUUUGUCUUCGAAGGCUUAGGUCAACUAUUGGAGCACCUCCUCAUCUCGAAUGCCCGCUAUAUUCGUUCCGCGAAUGCCUUUGGCAUCAAGAAGAUGAUGCGGAAUAUCCUGGCUUUGCAACAGAACAUUAAGACGAUCACCGAGGAUAGCUAUGAUGGGGAAUUCGAGCGGGCUAAACGUUACUACUCUCUAUUCAUGCUCUCGCCUCAGGACAUGCUGGAUAGCGUUCGUCAGAAGCAAGAGUACAGUUUUGAUGAAUACAAGACGAUGCUGGAUCUGCAAUGCGGUGUCGAUCCCACCGAGCCUGACGGUGUAGCCCAAGCGACAGACCGUAACUACAACAUGUAUGUAAUCGAUCUGCACGGACUUGAGUUGGAAAAUUCUGCGGACAGCGCAUGA